GCUAAGAUCAAGGAUGUUUCUGCAGUAUUACCUGAACGAGCAUGGUGACCGGGUGUACACCAUGAAGAGAGUAUUUCCAACUGGACAACCAACCUCUUCAGCGCAUCCUGCCCGUUUCUCUCCAGAGGACAAACAUUCUAGACACCGAAUUACAAUCAAGAAACGAUUUUGUUUGUUGUUGACUCAGCAGCUGAGACCUGUUUUGUGA